GCCGUGUCGACGCCGCACUUGGGGUUCGAUUCGAUGCAGCAGCAGCAGCAGCAGCAGCAGAUAGGGUCUAGGCAGGUGAGAGUUUUUGGGUGCAAUUGUAUUGUUUUGUGAGAAUUUGGUUGAAUUGGGAUAUGGGUUUUGGAAAUGGGAUUGUACUUGCAAGCGGGUAGGGAUGGAUUUUUGUAAAAAAAUAGUUGAAUUGGGAUGUGGGCUUUGAAGUUGGGAGUGUCCUUGCAAAUAAGUAGGAGAUGAUCUUGUGGAACAUUGGUGGAUUUGGGAUUGGGAGCUUUUUGGCAAAUGGGUUGGAGUGAAUUGUGUCAUUAAUGGGGUUGAUUAGUGCAUUAUGUAUGUGGGUUUUGGAAGUAUUUUUGCAAAUUAAUAAACUUUGUAUAGUGCACUUGGGUUAUUGGUUAGUGCUUAGUUGAAUUUUUGGUAAUCAAGUCUUAUGUAUUCAAGGAGACAAAGUAGGCAUGUCUUAAUUUGGAAGAAAAUGGGAACUUAUGGUUGCUUUGAACUUGAGCUACUUUACUGUAGCUGGCAUCAACUUCAACCAGCUCAAUCUCAGGAGCCUGAGUUUUAACUAGAUGGGUCACUACAACAACAGUUACAUAGAAAACCUGAGGGCAACGAAGCCCUUCUAGCAUAUCAAGCCAGUCUCCAAGGAGUUAUGGGAGGGAACAACUUCGCUUCUUCUCCUGGCUCUAUGCAACUGCCUCAACAGUCGAGGAAAUUCAUGGAAUUGGCUCAACAACAUGGUUCCUCCCAUGAGGGUCCGCAUAGGAGUCAAGCCGUCGAGCAACAAGUGCUAAAUCCAGUCCAUCAAGCUUAUUAUCAAUAUGCUUUCCAGGCUGCUCAACAAAAGCCAGCUUUGGCCAUGCAAUCACAGCAGCAUGCUAAAAUGGGAAUGCUGGGCCCUCCACCACCUGGGAAGGAUCAGGACAUGCGAAUGGGAAACUUGAAAAUGCAGGAUCUCGUUGCCCUGCAAGUUCCUAGUCAGGGUCAAGCAUCAUCAUCAAGAAACUCUUCUGAACAUUUUGGUCGUGGUGAAAAGCAGAUGGAUCAAAGUCAGCAACCAGCCCCUGAGCAGAGGAGUGAGCUAAAACCUUCAACCCAGCCAACAGGCAUUGGACAACUAAUACCUGGAAAUAUGGUGAGGCCUUUGCAAGUACCACAAGCUCAGCAGAGUAUUCAAAACAUGGCAAACAACCAGCUCGCAAUGUCUGCCCAGUUGCAGGCAAUGCAUUCUUGGGCACUUGAGCGCAAUAUUGAUCUCUCGCUACCUGCAAAUGCCAACUUGAUGGCGCAGCUCAUUCCAAUGAUGCAAUCUAGGAUGGUUCCACAACAAAAAGCAAAUGAAAACAAUAUGGGUGCACAGUCGUCACCUGUUCCAGUGUCAAAGCAGCAGGUUGCUUCCCCACCAGUUGUGAGUGAGAGUUCUCCCCAUGCUAAUUCAUCAAGUGAUAUAUCUGGGCAGUCUGGCUCUGCAAAAGCAAGGCAGACUGUUUCACCCAGCCCCUUUGGUUCAACUUCGAAUGCCGGCAUGGGUAACCACUCUAACAACAUCCCAUCACAGCAAUUUGCUACUCAUGGCAGAGAGAAUCAGGUGCCUUCUAGACAGCCUUCUGUGAUUGGUAAUGGAAUGCCUCCAAUGCAUCCCCCACAGUCAUCUGCCAACAUGAGUCAGGGUGUGGAUCAUUCUUUGAAUGCAAAACAUUCGAUAAGUAGCCCAGAAACUCUGCAGAUGCAGUACCUCAGGCAGUCUAAUCGAUCUUCUCCACAAGCUGCAAUUCCUAGUAAUGAUGUGGGGUCUGGCAGCAACAUCUCUUCACAAGGUGGAUCGGCUAUUCAGACAACUCAACAGCACUUUGGAUUUACCAAACAGCAAUUGCAUGUUCUUAAAGCACAAAUACUAGCAUUUAGGCGGCUGAAGAAAGGAGACCCUGGCCUCCCUCAAGAACUUCUUCGGGCUAUUGCUCCACCGCCCCUUGAGUUGCAGCUGCAGCAGCAAUUUCCUUCUGCAGGAGGAAAUAAUCAGGAUAAAUCUGCUGGGAAUAUUGUGGCCGAGCAUUCAAGGCAUAUGGAGUCUAAUGAGAAGGAUUCACAUGCUGUGGCAUCAAUUAAUGGACAUAGUUUGUCAAAAGAAGAAGCUCUAGGGGGGGAUGAGAAACCAACUGUCACCACAGCUCGUAUUCAAGGUGUGCCGGCUGUAAUAAAGGAACCUGCACCAGUGGUGCCUGCUGGAAAAGACGAUCAGCAAUCCGCUGUAUUUUCUGUUAAGUCAGACCAGGAUUCUGAACGUGGUAUUAAUAGGACUCCUGUUAGAAGUGACUUUUCAGCGGAUAGGGGAAAGACUAUUGCACCACAGGGAGCUGUAUCUGAUGCAGUGCAAGUUAAGAAACCUGCACAAGCAAGCACUGCCCCCCAGCCAAAAGACGUUGGCUCUGCUAGAAAGUAUCAUGGACCCCUAUUUGAUUUCCCUUUUUUCACUAGGAAACAUGACUCCUUUGGGUCGACAAUGAUGGUUAAUAACAAUAAUAAUCUAACAUUGGCAUAUGAUGUUAAAGAUCUUCUUUUUGAGGAAGGUAUGGAAGUGCUUACUAAGAAAAGGUCUGAAAAUUUAAGAAAGAUUGGUGGUUUACUGGCGGUAAACUUAGAGAGGAAAAGGAUUAGGCCAGAUCUUGUCUUGAGGUUGCAAAUUGAAGAGAAAAAGCUUCGACUUUUAGACCUACAGGCACGAUUAAGGGAUGAAAUUGAUCAACAGCAACAGGAGAUAAUGGCAAUGCCUGACAGGCCAUAUAGGAAGUUUGUUCGGCUGUGUGAGCGUCAGCGUAUGGAGCUUACCAGACAAGUACUGGCCUCUCAGAAAGCUAUGAGAGAGAAGCAACUGAAAUCUAUAUUUCAGUGGCGUAAGAAGCUUCUUGAGGCUCACUGGGCCAUCCGUGAUGCACGGACUGCCCGCAACAGGGGAGUUGCGAAAUAUCAUGAGAGAAUGUUGAGGGAGUUCUCGAAAAGAAAGGAUGAUGAUAGGAAUAAGAGAAUGGAAGCAUUGAAGAACAAUGAUGUUGAGAGGUAUAGGGAGAUGUUGCUGGAGCAGCAAACAAGCAUCCCAGGUGAAGCUGCUGAGAGAUAUGCUGUUCUCUCUUCAUUCUUGAGUCAGACAGAAGAAUAUCUACAUAAACUGGGAAGUAAAAUAACAGCCGCCAAAAAUCAACAGGAAGUGGAUGAGGCAGCGAAUGCUGCUGCAGCCGCUGCACGAUUGCAGGGUCUCUCAGAAGAAGAAGUUAGGGCAGCAGCAGCUUGUGCUGGGGAGGAAGUAAUGAUAAGAAAUCGGUUUAUGGAAAUGAAUGCACCUAAGGAUAGUUCAUCUGUUAGCAAAUAUUAUACUCUCGCCCAUGCUGUGAAUGAAAGGGUUGCAAGGCAACCCUCAAUGUUACGGGCCGGAACCUUGAGAGACUAUCAACUUGUUGGAUUGCAAUGGAUGCUUUCUUUGUAUAACAAUAAAUUAAAUGGAAUCUUGGCAGAUGAGAUGGGUCUUGGGAAGACUGUACAGGUAAUGGCAUUGAUUGCUUACCUGAUGGAGUUCAAAGGGAACUAUGGCCCACAUCUUAUAAUAGUUCCAAAUGCUGUUUUGGUAAAUUGGAAGAGCGAGUUCCAUACUUGGCUUCCAUCUGCGUCGUGCAUUUUUUAUGUGGGUGGGAAGGAUCAACGAUCAAAAUUAUUCUCUCAAGAGGUUUGUGCUCUGAAAUUUAAUGUCCUCGUGACGACUUAUGAGUUUAUCAUGUUUGAUCGUUCAAAACUUUCAAAAAUUGAUUGGAAGUAUAUCAUAAUUGAUGAAGCACAACGAAUGAAAGAUAGGGAAUCAGUUUUAGCACGCGAUCUUGAUAGAUAUCGCUGCCAGAGGCGCCUGCUUCUCACUGGUACACCAUUGCAGAAUGAUUUGAAGGAACUCUGGUCACUUUUAAAUCUACUUCUUCCGGAAGUGUUUGAUAAUAGGAAAGCAUUUCAUGAUUGGUUCUCAAAACCUUUUCAAAAGGAAGGUCCUACACAGAACCCAGAGGACGACUGGCUUGAGACUGAAAAAAAGGUCAUCAUCAUCCACCGACUUCAUCAAAUUCUAGAGCCAUUUAUGCUCAGGCGUCGUGUUGAGGAUGUGGAAGGCUCACUUCCACCUAAGGUUUCCAUAGUUUUAAGAUGUAGGAUGUCAUCUAUUCAGGGUGCCGUUUAUGAUUGGAUCAAAUCCACCGGUACUCUUCGAGUUGAUCCUGAAGAUGAAAAGCUCAGGGCUCAAAAGAAUCCAAUUUACCAGGCUAAGGUGUAUAGAACUUUAAAUAACAGAUGUAUGGAACUUCGGAAAACCUGCAAUCAUCCUUUGCUCAAUUACCCAUAUUUCAAUGACUUCUCGAAGGAUUUUCUCGUAAGAUCUUGUGGGAAAUUGUGGAUCCUGGAUAGAAUUCUUAUUAAGCUUCAGAGAACUGGGCAUCGAGUACUGCUCUUUAGUACCAUGACGAAACUUCUUGAUAUAUUGGAGGAAUACUUGCAAUGGCGGCGACUCAUCUACAGACGAAUCGAUGGAACAACCAGUUUAGAAGAUCGUGAAUCGGCCAUUGUCGAGUUCAACAGCCCUAAUUCGGACUGCUUCAUUUUCUUGCUUAGUAUUCGUGCAGCUGGUCGGGGUCUUAAUCUUCAGUCUGCUGACACAGUUGUUAUAUAUGAUCCUGAUCCAAACCCUAAAAAUGAGGAGCAGGCAGUUGCAAGAGCCCACCGAAUUGGACAGAAAAGAGAAGUCAAAGUCAUUUAUAUGGAAGCAGUGGUUGAUAAAAUCUCUAGCCAUCAGAAAGAAGAUGAACUAAGAAGUGGAGGUACGGUUGAUAUGGAGGAUGACCUUGCGGGUAAAGAUCGCUAUAUGGGAUCUAUUGAGAGCCUGAUAAGGAAUAACAUUCAGCAAUAUAAAAUUGAUAUGGCUGAUGAGGUUAUUAAUGCUGGGCGUUUUGACCAGAGAACAACACAUGAAGAGAGACGCUUGACUUUAGAGACAUUGUUGCAUGACGAGGAGAGGUAUCAAGAAACUCUCCAUGAUGUUCCCUCGCUGCAGGAGGUCAAUCGCAUGAUUGCUAGGAGUAAAGAGGAAGUUGAAUUGUUUGAUCAAAUGGAUGAGGAGCUGGAUUGGACUGAGGAGAUGACGAGGUAUGACCAGGUACCUAAGUGGCUUCGAGCGAGUACUAGAGAAGUAAAUACCACUAUUGCUACUCUUUCGAAAAGACCAUCAAAGAACGCUUUGUUGGCUAGUAAUAUUGUCAAGGAAUCUAGUGAAAUAGGUUCUGAUUCAUCUCCAAAAACCGAAAGGAAAAGGGGAAGGCCCAAAGGAAAAAAGCAUCCUAAUUACAAGGAAUUAGAUGAUGAAAUUGGGGAAUACUCUGAAGCAAGUUCUGAUGAGAGAAAUGGAUACUCUAUACAUGAAGAAGAGGGAGAUAUUGGAGAGUUUGAAGAGGAUGAAUUCAGUGGCGCUGUUGGAGCACUGCCAAUCAAUAAAGACCAAUCAGAAGAGGAAGGUCCAGUUUGUGAUGGUGGCUAUGAGUACCCCCGGGCUUCAGAAAUCACCAGAAAUAAUAUACUAGAAGAAGCAGGUUCCUCAGGAUCAUCCUCAAACAGUCGGAGAUUGACACAAGUGGUAUCUCCUUCUGUUUCUUCCCAGAAAUUUGGUUCCCUGUCUGCAUUAGAUGCUAGGCCAGGUUCUCUAUCAAAAAGGCUGCCAGAUGAACUGGAGGAGGGGGAAAUUGCAGUAUCUGGAGAUUCUCACAUGGAUCACCAACAAUCUGGAAGUUGGAUUCAUGAUCGUGACGAAGGUGAAGACGAGCAGGUUUUGCAACCCAAAAUAAAACGAAAACGUAGUCUCCGGGUUCGUCCCCGUCAUACCAUGGAAAGGCCAGAGGAGAAGCCUGGCAAUGAAAGUCAAUCUUUGCAACGUGGAGAUUCAUCUUUGUCACCAUUCCCAGUGGACAAUAAGUAUCAUGCUCAGUUAAGGACUGACCCUGAAACAAAAGCACGUGGAGAGUCCAAUAUUUUUAAGCAUGAUCAAAAUGAUUCAUCCUCAAAAAGUCGGCGGAAUUUGCCAUCGAGGAAAGUAGCUAAUAUGUCAAAAUUGCAUGCUUCGCCAAAAUCUAGCAGAUUGAAUUGCACGUCUUCUCCUGCAGAAGAUGUUGCUGAACCAAUGAGAGAAGGUUGGGAUGGUAAAAUUAUGAAUUCAACUGGGACAUCAGCUUUUGGCGCUAAGAUGCCUGACAACAUCCAGAGAAGGUGCAAAAGUGUAAUUAGCAAACUCCAGAGGAAAAUAGGUAAGGAAGGUCCUCAAAUUAUACCUCUGCUUACAGAUUUGUGGAAGAGGAUUGAAAACUCUGGGUACAUGGGUGGAUCAGGAAAUAAUAUUUUGGAUUUACGAAAGAUCGAUCAGCGUAUCGACAGAUUAGAGUAUAGUGGAGUGAUGGAGCUUGUGUUGGAUGUGCAGUUCAUGUUGAAAAGUGCAAUGCAUUUUUAUGGGUUCUCACAUGAGGUGAGAUCUGAAGCAAGGAAAGUGCAUGAUCUCUUUUUUGAUAUCUUGAAAAAUGGAUUUCCAGACACAGAUUUUCGAGAAGCCAGAAAUGCACUAUCUUUUUCUGGCCCAUUUUCUACCACUGCUUCUCCAUCCCCAAGACAGGCAGCCAUUGGCUCAAGUAAGAGACAAAAGUUGGUAAAUGAGGUGGAAUCUGAUCCAGGCCCUCCACAAAAGCCACCUCAACGUGGACUCAUUUCCAGUGGGGAAGAUGCAAGAAUCAGGGGCCAUAUACCCCAGAAGGAAUCAAGGAUCGGCAAUAGCCGGGAGCAAAGUCAGCAGGAAGAUUCACCUCUUCCUACUCAUCCAGGGGAGCUGGUGAUCUGCAAGAAGAAGAGAAAAGACAGGGAGAAGUCAGUGGUGAAGCCUAGGACUGGAUCAGCUGGCCCUGCUUCACCCCUUAGCAUCGGUCGUAGUAUGAGAAGUCCAGGUCCAGGUUCAAUACCCAAGGACGCCAGACAGACUCAGCAAAGUGGAUGGGCCAACCAGCCUGCUCAACCGGCGAACGGGGAUGGUGGGUCUGUUGGUUGGGCAAAUCCUGUAAAGCGGUUGAGGACAGAUUCUGGGAAAAGGAGGCCAAGCCAUCUAUGACUGAAGGGUAUAUGAUGUGAUGGAAAAGUUUCUUUCUAUUUACUUCAGGCGCAGUGUUCAUUAGAGAGGCCCUUUGUUGCCUAUUCUUGUGCAAUUGGCCAUACUUGUUAAUAAUAGUGUAGGUCUUUGCUCCUCCAUUGUAUCUUACAGGCCUUACCAUGGUUCAGAAUCAAAUAGUUUUUUUGUAUCUGCCCCUUGCAGGUAUUACCUUUGCCCCUAAGCUGAAACCUUUGUAAAGUAUAGAUUUGCUUCAUAUUAAUUUCCAGGCUUAUCAUACGUCUUUCAAUUUUCUCACUUUGCUUCCA